AUGGGGUUGAAGGUGGAUAUGAAUAAGGUGUUUGAUAGAAUUGAGUGGGAUUUUCAAAGGGUUGUCCUAGAGAAGAUGGGUUUUGCCACUGCUUGGGUACAAAUGGUUAUGAGCUGCAUCACUUCGGUGGAGCUUGUGGUCCUUAUCAACUGCAAGACGGGUAUAGUUUUAAACCCUCAAGAGGCCUAA